AUGGAUGAUUUUUUAUGGGAUUGGGUUUUAUCUUAUCAAGAAUUGGUUUUUACACGAAUAUCACCCGAACACAAAUUGCGCAUCGUUUCAGAAUUUCAACGACGUGCUGAAAUUGUCGCUGUUACGGAUAAUAGAGCUAAAGAUGUACCAGCACUUAAAUGUGCUCAUCUUGGUGUAGCCAUACAAUUUGAUAUAGAAGUAUCGAAAGAAGCUGGUGAUAUAAUUCUGCUCGAUAACAAUUUUUCAUCGAUUAUUCAAGCAAUUGAAACCGGUCGUUUAUUAAGUGAUAAUUUGAAGAAAGUAGCCGUUUAUCGAUUACCCGAAGGCUCUUGGUCACAAAUUUGGCCUGUUUUCUUUAAUUUAUGGUUUGGUAUGCCAUUAGCUUUGUCUGCCCUUUGGGCUACAGUUUUCUGUAUGCUUAAUGAUGUAGUUAUGUCAUUAGCAGUGGUAACGGAAAAGCCUAACCGUGAUAUUAUGUCUCGACCACCAUCGAUUCAUGGAAAAGAUCAUCUACUGAAUAUAAAACUCCUUAUUCAUGCUUAUUUAUUUGUUGGAAUUCUCGAAUGUUUCACAGCAUUCUUCUGCUUUUGUUAUUAUUGGAUUGACAAUG